AUGGACACUACCACACCAUUUUCAUUUCUCAUCUCAACUCUAGCCUUUGUACUUUCUCUUCUUGGGGCAACUUCAGAUUCAUCACCCGUUGAAAACUUUCUCCAUUGUCUUUCAAACCAUUCUCCACCUUCAGUUCCUACAAUAUCAAACAUUAUUUACACCCCAAGCAACUCCUCAUUCUUAUCUAUUUUACACAUGCACACACAUAAUAAUAGAUUUUCUGCGCCAACAGCACCAAAACCAUUGGCUAUUGUAACUCCUCUACACGAGUCUCAUGUGCAAGGCACUAUCACAUGUGCCAAAAGCAAUGGCAUUCAGAUUAGAAUCCGAAGUGGUGGCCAUGACUGUGAAGGCCUUUCCUAUGUAUCAGAUGUGCCCUUUAUUGUACUUGACAUGUUUCAUUUUGCGUCAGUUGAUGUGGACAUAGAAAAAGGAGCAGCAUUGGUUCAAGCUGGAGCAACACUUGGUAUGGUUUACUAUCAUAUUGCAAACAAAAGUUCAGUUUAUGCUUUCCCUGCUGGGGUGUGUCCCACUGUGGGUUCUGGGGGUCACUUUUCUGGUGGUGGCUAUGGAAAUCUGAUGAGAAAAUAUGGUCUUACUGUGGAUCAUAUAAUUGAUGCAAAGUUGGUUGAUGUCAAUGGUAAUAUACUUGACAGAAAGUCAAUGGGGGAGGAUCAAUUUUGGGCUAUAAGAGGGGGUGGUGGGGCUAGUUUUGGUGUCAUUCUUUCAUGGAGGAUCAAGUUGGUUCCUGUAACUCCAAAAGUGACUGUAUUCAAAGUGAGAAAAACACUGGAAGAAGGGGCAACUGAUAUUGUUUACAAAUGGCAACUAAUUGCGACAAAACUACAUGAAGAUAUUUUCAUAAGGGCUAUGCAUGAAGUGGUUGAUGGUAAUAAAAAAGGUAAAAAGAUCGUUCAAGUUACUUUUGUAGGCAUAUACUUGGGACUGACUAAUAAUCUGUUGAGUUCGUUGAAAGAGAGCUUCCCUGAAUUGGGUUUGAUGCAAAGUGACUGCACUGAAAUGCCAUGGGUCAACUCCACUCUAUAUUGGGCCAAUUAUCCAAUUGGGACCCCCAUUGAGGCAUUGCUUGAUGUGCCCAAAGGGCCCAUUUCAUACAACUUCAAAACCAUGUCGGACUAUGUGAAGGAGCCCAUUCCAAAAACUGCUCUUAAAUCAAUGUGGGAGUUUAUGAUUAAAAGUGAGAGUGUGAAGAUGGAAUGGAACCCUUAUGGUGGGAAGAUGCAUGAGAUUUCACCAUCAGAAACUCCAUUCCCUCACAGAGCAGGGAACUUGUUCUUGAUUGAGUACUUGACAUCUUGGGGGGAAGAUGGGGUUCAGGCAACUAAUCAUUACUUGAAUAUUUCAAUGUCCUUCUAUGAAUUUAUGACCCCAUAUGUUUCACAAUCGCCAAGGGAGGCAUUUCAGAAUUAUAGGGACCUUAAUAUAGGUGCCAAUCAUCCAAGUAAUACAACAAGAAUGGACAUUGCUGAGAGUUAUGGGAGCAAGUAUUUCCGAGGUAAUUUUGAAAGAUUAGUGAGAGUGAAAUCCAGAGUAGAUCCCGAGAACUUUUUCAGACAUGAACAGAGUAUACCACCUAUUUCCCUUUAG